CCUCGCCCCCCGCCCGCCCUGCUCAGGUAUCAGGUGAAACUGGUCGGGAGCGCGGGCGAUCUGGCGGCGGUCGGAGCGCGGCGGGAGGAUGGCUGCGCGCUGCGAGUUGUGCCUGCUGCUGGUGCUGCUGAUCUGUGCGUUGCUGGGAGCUGCCAUCGCUGCUGAAGAGAAUGAUAGAUCCAGCAAACCAAAAGGAAGAAGUUUCAUUGGCAAGACGGUUCUGAAGGCAAAUAGUUCUGAAGAGAUAUACAAGGUGGAUGAAUUUGUAACAGAAGUCCUCACAGGAAAGCUGACUACAGUUUUUCUUCCCAUUGUUUAUAUCUUUGUUUUUAUAACUGGUUUGCCAAGCAAUGCCAUGGCCCUCUGGGUCUUUUUUUUCCGAACAAAGAAGAAACAUCCGGCUGUGAUUUAUAUGGUUAACUUGGCAUUGGCAGACCUUCUUUUUAUUGUCUGGUUCCCACUGAAGAUUUCAUACCAUCUAAAUGGCAAUAACUGGUUAUUUGGUGAAGGUCUCUGCAAAGUAUUUGUUGUGUUUUUCUAUGGAAAUAUGUACUGUUCCAUUCUCUUUAUGACUUGUCUCAGUGUACAACGGUAUUGGGUUGUAGUGAACCCCAUAGUUAAUUCAAAAAAGAAAUCAGAAAUUGCUUUGGGCAUCUCCAUUGCUAUCUGGAUACUGAUUUUGUUGGGCACCAUUCCAUUGUAUCUUGUUAAUCAGACGGCAUAUAUUGCAAAUCUUAACAUCACAACCUGCCAUGAUGUGUUGCCUGAAAAUGUUUUGGCUCAUGAUAUGUUUAGUUAUUUCCUCUCACUUGCAACUGGACUCUUCUUAAUCCCAGCUAUCAUCACUGCUGUUGCAUACAUUCUAAUGAUUAAGACCCUAAGUGCUUCUAUCAUAGAUAUAAGCACUGGGAAGAAACGAAAAAGAGCAAUCAGACUCAUUAUUGUUGUCCUGUCCAUGUAUCUCAUCUGCUUUGCACCUAGCAAUGUGCUGAUUAUUGUGCAUUAUUCACUCCUCAAAGCCUACAGCCAGAGCCAUUUGUAUGUGUGGUACAUAACUGCACUGUGCCUUUCCACUUUGAAUAGUUGUAUUGAUCCAUUCAUCUAUUAUUAUAUUUCAAAAGACUUCAGACACAACCUUAAAUAUGCUCUUCUCUGCCGAAGUGUGCGAACUACACAGAGGAUGCAAGUGUCUCUCUCAUCAGGCAGGUACCCCAAGAAAUCAAAUUCUUAUUCUUCAAACUCAAGUGGGACCACUAAAUCAACCUACUGA